AUGGAAGGAGAAGGCACUGAAACUCAUGGUUAUAUUGCAAAUUUAGGUGUUCUUCCUACUCAUCGUAAACUAGGGAUUCCAGAGAAACUCAUGAACUCUGCUCACAACGCGUUAGUACAAGAAUAUGAGUGUGAUUAUGUUUCUCUUCACGUUCGUGCAAGUAAUCAAGCUGCAAUUAAUCUUGAUACUGAAAAAUUAGGAUAUAAUUACGAGAGUGUAGUUAAUUAUUAUGAGGAUGGGGAAGACGCUUUUAUUAUGAGGAAACAACUUCAAGGAAAACAAAGAGAUCAUCUUGGUCACAGAUUAUUCAUGGCGGUGGCCAGCCUGAUUCGUCUUACAAAACUGUUGUUGACUUGUUAUGACAAGCAUAAAUCUAAAUUAUCUAUACAGAAUUAG